AUGCCCACGGCUCUCAAAAAGCAGAAGCCUUAUAUACUUUCAAUAUCAGAUACAUGUAUGUCGAGGAUCACGAAGGAAUACAGACUCAUACGGAAGACACUGGCUAGUGACGAUCCUACUGUCAACCCCUACCGAGGGAUAAUUGAUUUGCUCAACCCGAUUGAUGAAACAGACUUGAGUAAAUGGGAAGCCACUAUACGUGGACCAGAACACACACCCUAUGAACAUUAUCAGUUCCGGAUGCUGAUAGACGUCCCUAAUUCUUACCCAAUGGCACCGCCGAAGAUAAUGUUUGAGCGGGACGCUAUACUGCACUGUAACGUCAAGUCAGCCACGGGCGAAAUAUGUCUUGAUAUCCUCAAGCUGCAAGACUGGACGCCGGUAUGGGAUAUUUUACAUUGUGUACAUGCCGUUUGGAGGCUUUUAAGGGAACCCGUUUGUGAGUCACCGCUGGACGUGGAUAUGGGCAAUAUAAUACGCUGUGGCGAUACAAGAGCAUACCAUGGGAUUGUAAAGUACUUCCUAGCAGAAAGAGAACGCAAUAACCAGAAUUAA